AAUAUUUUUUCUUGUCAGUAAACGUCUACAAAUUAUGGAAGAACCACUUCAACCAGAAUCUCUCUCCAGCUGCCGUAACGUUUCAGACGUCGUAUACUAACAAUCACAAACCCCUUGUGUGACCUCCAAAAAGCUUAUUGUUUUGACCUAGUAUGUGUUUUCAUCUCUGUUAUUGCUCUGUUUCCAGGUGAGGAACAAGGUUGAGCUCUGUAUUCAAAACUACAUGAGCUUGGACGUAAUCGUUAGGUACCUCGAGAAGACUCACCACAUUAGUAAAAGUGUCACCCGCAUAGUUUGGGAGCAGCUUCGAGAAGAGAAUCGACUUUUCUUCAGUUACUUCGAGAUGAGAUGCCAGAUGGCUCUCCAGAUGAGGAUGUUCAAUGAUAUGCUGACUAAGCAAGCUGUUGGGAUGUUCGAGAAUGAACUUCUUGAUAUCUCUGAUGCUUCACCUUCUGUCAGGGCUUUGCUUCGUCGAGAACAACCUGAAAGAGUUCAUCUUCUGGAGACAUUAGCUUCCAAGACAAAGCUGAGUUCUGCAGGCUUAGAAGCGAUGAUGCCUUAUGCAAAUGGUCAAUCAGGUGAAAGCUUUACAAACUUUGUUGUGCAGACGCAGAUUCCUUAUAAUCAGCAAGAUCAAGUGCUUAAUCCUGCAAGCUUUUCAAUGCCUAAUCUAAAUGGUCCAUUAGCUGCUCAGUGGCAGAUUCCUAAUGAGCAGCUGCUAAAUCAACACCUUUAUGCUUCAAGCUUUGCAUUGUCCAAUGCAAAUGGUAUAUCAGUGACGCAGCUGCCGGUUCCUAAUAACAAGCAAAAUCAACCCCAUCAGGAUCCAUUGCCUACAUAUAAUGAUCUUAUUGCUCCAACCUUUGAACCAGCAGAUACUUAUGAUUGGUGUCUACUUAUUGAUUCUGCUGCAUUUGAAGACCUUGGCACUCUACCACCAUUUCCACCAGCAGAUACUACUAUUCAAUGGCCUUCACCUGAUGAUCUUCCCUAUACUGCUGCUACUAAUCCAGAAGAAGACCUUUCUACAUUUGAUCUUGAAGGCGUUAUUGGACACAUCGGACCAAGUUUCCUGGACGCGGAUACAAUAUUAGCAAGCAUGGAUUUUAAUGAACAGCAACAACACCAACCCCAUUGGCAGCAGCAGCAGCAGCAACAAAACGUCCAAGUACAAGGAAGCAACGGGCUGCUAAAUGUAGAAAGCAAUGGCAAACACCACCAAUGCCUUGAUCAGCAACAAGCAGGAGGAGGUGUACAACGUCAUUAUCCUGAAUCUGAAGCUUUGAACAAUCCAGAUCCUGGCGUUAUUGGACAUAACGUACCAAGAGACUCAUAUAACAAAUCAGCAGCACAACUAGUAACGCAGCCCAGUGAACAGCCACAACACCAAAACUGACAUUACCAGCAGCCGCAACCUAACGUCCCAGUAGAAGCACCGCAACGUGUUGGAGGUAGACGCAACGAAGUGGUAAAUGGAGAAAGCAAUGGCCAUUCCAAGCGAAUGAGUACAAUCGUUGAUGAGCAACAUUCAGGAAGAGUCAAACGUCACCAUUCUGAAUCUGAAGCUUCUAACAAUUUCAAAAUAAUGAUAGUAUUUUAAUAGGAGUAUAUCUAUAAAAAUAAAUAAAUAAUUAGUUAUAUCAAGUUUCAACAUGAAUUUCUCG